AUGGUCGAACCUGGUCGUACCUCUGAAGCGGAUGGGAUGUUUGGGGGAAGCGGGGGCAGCGGGGAUGGCGGUGGGUGGGAGGCUAAUAAACGAAUAGCGCAUUUGCAAGGAGUGGUGGGGGAUAGUGCAGUGAUUAAAGAGGCAGUGACCCGUCUGGUUCGCUACAUCCCGCCCUUGCUCUCACCCACUUCACCCUUCGCUCCUCCUCGCUCUGCCAACGCCGCUUCUUCUCUCACCUCCCCUCCCUCCUUCCUUUCCUCCUUCCCUCCCUGCUCUCCUGCCUCUGCCCCAUCCCCUCUCUCCUCCUCCUCUUCUCUCAUCCACACACGUGCUCUUUCCUCUGCGUCCUCCCCCUCUGAACCGCCCAAGAAAGUCGUUGCUGCUACACUCGACGGCUGCAGUGACCCCACCACCAUCACUAUCAGCAACGGCAGCAGCAGCAGCAGCAGCAGCAGCAGAAGCAACGGCAGCAGCAAUGCAGGCAAUCUAGCCACUCCAGGCCCAGCUAUCUUAGCUGCGCAUCCCACUCCACCUGCCCCGCCCGCCGGUCCCUCCCCUCCCACCUCUCCCUCCCCCGCAUCCCCUCCCUCCGCGCCCACCCCCCACCGCCUCUCCCCUGAAGCCCUCGCCCUGAAGCAGCAGCAGGCAGCAGAAGCGCGCCGAGCCAUUCUCCAAGCAGAAGCAGAGGCGGAAGCAGCAGCAGCAGCAUCCGGCAGUGCAGCAGCCGCACUAGAUGACACACCCAUGUCGUCAGUAGCUGUGCCGGCCUUUCAGACGGACCCUCUGUCGCCCAACAAGCAGUCCGUGCUGGGGGUGGCGCUGGCGGCGGGGGGAGAGGCGAUGGGGCCGAUGAGGAGGAGGAAGGCGGCGGUGCUGGUGGCGUUGUUUGAGGGCGAGGGGGGCGAGCUGCGCGUGUGGCUUACUAAGAGGGCUGCCAAGCUGUCAUCGCACUCCGGCGAGGUGGCGCUACCGGGCGGCAAGCGGGACGAGGGCGACGCGGACGACAGCGACACGGCGCUGAGGGAGGCGGAGGAGGAGAUCGGCCUGCACCGCUCCCACGCACGCGUCGUCACACAUCUCGAGCCCUUCCUCUCCAAGCAUCUGUUGACAGUGACGCCAGUGGUGGCGCUGCUGCCACGUGGCUUCACCUUUGUGCCGCGCCCCAACGCCGACGAGGUGCAGGCCGUGUUCAGCGUGCCGCUCUCACUCUUCCUGCAGUCUGAGCAUCACCGGCACGAGGACCACGAGUGGCUAGGCCUACCCUACCGCGUGCACUUUUUUGAGUACACCGCCCCACCGCCGCCGCCCCAUCCCCUCCCCAACCUCUCCUCCGCGCCGCACGCUCCCCUCGCUUCUGCCACUACCUCCACCUCACAACCCUUUGUCACUCAUACUCCUCCACAGCCUUCCAUGGCAGCUUCCCCUGCUGUGCUCACAGGGCAAGGUUCAAGUGCAGUGAGGAGAGAGUUGCAAGAGGGUGCGGAGGAGGAGCAAGCGGGGGCUCGAGUGGGGGCGGCGGAGGGAGAUCAUUUUACGAUAUGGGGGUUGACGGCUGCGAUCCUCGUGCGAGUGUCGUGCGUUGUGUUUGGCCGGUCGGCGCCAUUUGGAGAGUUUCAUCCAGAUGCGCCGAAUUACGCCACUGUGCUUGCUGAUCUGGCCAAGAGGCAGUUCCUACAGUUGUAA